AUGUCCUCCCGCCUUGAUAGGGUAUACGCACAGCUACUACGUGACCACCCCUACGGAUGGGCUCUGUACAAAAAGGUGACCGCUCAAAAGUUACAUCCAGGUAGCUGCGGUUAUUUUGACUCUGAUGGUGACUGGCAAACUCUCAUCGACUUGACAAACCUGCACAACGUCGCCGAUCGGGGAUGGACGAUACCCAGCGAUGAAAUACAAGACAGCGGAGAGCCCGAGUCGAUGAUAUGGGGUCCCAAGAAUUCAGACUCUGUUCGGUCCUGCCACGUCGGCGGCAAAGUGGGAGCCACCGUGGUGGGUGCUCCGGUUGUCGCCUCGGUGGCCAUGUCGUUUGAGAGCACCGGCGACAAGGGUGCUGUACUUGCCACCGAGAGUCCUGUUCUGAGGCACCAGAUUGGCGACGAAUCCAGUGCUUUGCAGUGGAUGGCUGAGAAUACGGCUGAAAUGCUACGACGGCACGGGAGCGUUGUUAAGAAGCACGGUGUCUGGGUCGUGACCAAGACCUACUCUACGCGGCGCAGUGCCGUUGCCGUUAUGACGCAAAGAUCGUCCAAGGUCGAGAUUGGUCUUGGUGCGGAUAUCCAGGGCCUGCUCACACUAUCUCCAGAGAGUUCCUGGACGAGCAGCACCGGUAGCUCCUCCAUGGAGUUGCACGAGGAUGAUGAUGGGGUGGUUGUGUUCAUCAGCGGGAUGUACUUUUCUAAAAAGCUUGCGAGGUCGAGGCUGAGCUACGUUCGAGAUCAGCAGGAUCAAAAAGAUAAGAUCCUUCGAGGGGACGAUCCAGAGGAUACGUGGGAUUCUGAGAAUGAGAACAUCGAGCUCGAUGUUGAGUACUACCCACCCCUCGACGAAGACAAAUUUGAUUGA